AGGGAGGAGGAGAGAAGUUUUGUGAGCAACUGAGGGUGCAGCCUGGCCCCACAGGGAAGGAGGGCUGGUGGUACGGGGCCCUGGGAGACGUGACAGUGCCUGGAGGGGGUGGGGACAAAGCAUUAGGCCCACCGUUAGCACCAUGCUCUUGGGGAUCGUCGUGGUGCUCUGCUUCAUCCCCACUGCUGAUGUAACAGAAAACAAGAUUUUAGUAGAUCAGAGUCCUUUGCUCACUGUAGCUCACAAAAACGCAAGUCUAGUCUGCAAUUACACAUACAAUGGAACGGGGAAGGAGUUUCGAGCUUCACUGCACAAAGGAACAGACAGAGCGGUUGAAGUUUGCUUUAUUUUAUGGAACGCAACCAAAAUUAGCAGCAAUUCAAAUAAAGAAUUCAACUGUGAGGGGAUUCAUGAUAAAGACAAAGUCAUCUUCAAUCUCUGGAAUAUGAGUGUCAACCAAACUGACAUUUACUUCUGCAAAAUUGAGGCCAUGUAUCCACCCCCGUAUGUCUACAAUGAGAAGAGUAAUGGCACGGUCAUUCAUGUGAAAGAGACACCCAUGCAAAUACGAGAGCCUCAGUCUGCAAUUCCUUUGUGGACUAUGGUGGCAGUGACUGGAGUUCUUGCUUUCUACAGUAUGCUGAUAACCGCAGCUUUUGUUAACUACUGGCAGAAAUCUAAAAAGAACCUGUACCAUCAGAGUGACUACAUGAACAUGACUCCCCGGCACCCACCAUACCAGAAGAACAAGGGUUACCCGUCCUAUGCACCAACACGAGACUACACUGCAUAUCGGUCCUGGCAGCCGUGAUGAUACUCAUCAGCUGACCUACUAGUGGCCUUGGGUGCUUCUAGGCAGUCACUUGCUCUUGGACAUGGAAGGACAGCCUCUCAUUUUCUCAUCAUGUUUGUUGUUAUUGAUCAUGGAUAACUACAUCACAGCAAGUAUUGGCUAAACUUUGAUAUAAUAUACUAAAAGAAAACCAAACAAACAUAAAACCAAGGGGGAAGUUAAAAGGACUGUUUUCCAUGAUGGCUGAAAAUGGGAUACAACUUGUGAUGAGGGUUGUCAGUGGGUAAGACAGAAAGAUGGAAUCAGAACUCAGAGCUGGUCUGCUCCUAACACUUGUGGUUUUGCCUAGCUAUUAGGAGACCCAGAACAUCUGACCUUUCCCAAUAACUGCAGCGUUAGACUUAACUCUUAGUUUCCUUUCCUGUAUGUCUAAUCCUCAGACACCCUUGUUAAAUAUGGCAAAAUGCAAAAAAAAAAAAAGUAUUUUCUUCCCUACAAGACCAGGGCACAGUCUGAACUUCAAAACACAUGCUUGAAAGAAAUACUGAAAAGUCAGCCAAGGUAUUAGGCUGUGGCACAAAUGGGCUGCCAGGACAAAUCAAGCUGAUAGAAAACUACUAAACCUUCAAUAUGUGACCCCUUAGGUUGGAUACUUUGCUAUAAGGCCAUUUGAAGUCAUGGCCAAGCAAAUCCACAGAGUGAGAAAGUAAUCAACCUAGAGACAAAAUAAAGACAAUCAGGAGAGGAAGAAAGAUCUGUCGUCAUCAUGAAGAACCCCAUUUCUGUUUUGUUUGCCUCCUACAGCGAGGGAACAGAAAGUUGUAUGGGAAGCAUUAGAAAACACAGAGGUCAGAUUUGGAGGAGAGCUUUACCUCCUUUUUUAGUUUUUGUUUCUAUCCAGAAGGCAUUCUGCCGAGUCCUCCUGAAAACGCGUGCACAUCUUCCAGCACCUAGGCCGUACCAGGCGGGAGCUCUUCUGAAAAUCUGGGUCCAGACAUGAGCAACUAAUGAUCACUUGAAUUUUUUUCCUAUAAGCACCCAAGGUUUUGGGUUGUGAGAGGGUACUUCAUUCCCACCAUUGUGAAUCAGGAAUGCAAGCGCUCAGCCACCUGCAGGAACUGCUCUAGGCUCUUCAAGGAACUUUUUGUUGACUGGAGGUUACCUUUCUGUCUAAAGACGUUCUUCAGGAAUGCUCCAUGCUGGAUUAUGACAAAGUUUUCAGCAAAAUCUGCUUCAUCCUUUCAAUUAAGCAUGUUUACAUUAAUAAGACAUCCUAAAUUGUAAUUGGGAUUGUCUUGGCAUAACAUCCAUUUUCACACUGAGGAGUUGAGGUUUAUUUUACAGUGACUAAUAUAUAUAUAAUUAAAUAAAAAAUAAAUCAGAUUUCCAUCUUGAAAUAAAAUUAGGAUUGUGCAACA